AUGAAAAAGGCGGUAGAUGAAAUCAGGCCCUUUAUAGCCGCAAUCAAGACGGCAUUGUGGACAUUAGAGUUUCUGGCGAUGGCACGUGGAGGAAGAGAGGGCAUAGGUCAUUUCAAGGGGUUGGCACAGCCAUAUCAUCUUCUCAGAAACGACUUGGGACGAUACACUGACCAAGAAAUAAGUCGUCUAUCGGAGAAUGAGAAGUAUCAGUUGAUCAAGACGGUUUUCAGGCCUAUCGCUGACUACGAGUUCCCUAGUCAAGAAGAGUACGGGAAAAAUCGAUCAUUCCAACCGUCGUGGCUUCAAAGAUUUGAAUGGCUAACCUAUUCCAAGUCAAUGAAUGGCGGGUUUUGUGUCUCCUGUGUACUUUUUGCAAAAGGAGACCGUACAGCUCUUGGACAGCUGGUGAACAGUCCAAUGACGAAUUUCACUCGAGCGAAGAAGACCCUGGAUGAACAUCAGCUUCAGGAGACCCACGUGGUGGCUACAGAGAGUAUGACAGCGUUUAUGAGACAAACGGAAAAAGGUGAACUGUCAGUUGGACAACUAAUGUCGAGUGAAGCAAGAUCAAAUGUUCAGAAAAAUCGCAACAUUCUGAAGUCAAUCGUGAACACCCUUAUCCUGUGUGGCAAGCAAAACAUUGCACUGAGAGGACACGGGGAUGCUGGCAGGGGCAGUAAUCAGGGAAACUUCCAUGCUCUACUGAAAUUCCGUCUUGACGCAGGUGACACCACUUUAGAAUCCCAUUCUACGACUGCAGGAAGAAAUGCCCAAGGAAGUUUUGGAGUCAAAGUUUUCACUGUUUGUGCUGAUGAAGCUGCAGAUACUGCCAACAGAGAGCAAAUGGCCUUUAUUGUGAGAUUUGUUGACAAUCAAGGACACAUUCGAGAGGAAUUCUUAGAUUUUAUACAUUGCGAUGAAGGUACUACAGGCAGGGCUCUUUCUGGUAAAAUCAUAUCAAGCUUGCAGGACAAUGGAUUAGACAUGAAUUACCUCCGUGGUCAGAGCUAUGACGGAGCGGGAAAUAUGGCAGGCGUCCGUGAAGGGGCUGCAGCUCAUACUACUGCAAUAUAUCCAAAGGCUUUAUACUGCCACUGCGCAGCUCAUGUUCUCAAUCUAUGUGUUAUUGCAGCUUGCAAAAUCUAA